AAGAAGAAGAGGAGGAGGAGGAGGAGGAAGGGAUGGUGGUAGUAGUAAGUGAGGCAAGGGCUUCAACGCAAGGCUGGCCCCCUCCCCUCCUCCUUCUUCCCAUUGGCUGCUCCCCGGGACCCGCGGGCUCUGAUUGGGACCCCAGAGCUGCCACUCACCCGCAGCACCGAGGCUGGCAGCAGGAGGCUGGAGAAAGGAGGGUGCUGUAUUGACCUACUAACACACAUCUCUGCUCCACAAGCAGCGGCGGCAGCAGCAGCGGCAGCGGAGACAGAAAGAGGACGCGGUCUCUACUCCUCUCGCCUUCCUUCCUUCCUCCCUUCCUCCCCUGGAAGUCUGCCUGGAGAAGGGUCCCCUCCGCCCUCGCUUUCUCUGGGCUCCCCAGUCAACCCCCACCCGGCCUGGGCAGAGAUGCCCACCUUGAGGCGCUCCUGAGAAAAGAACUGGCAAGGUUUUUUGAAAGAAGAUUGCCAGCUGAACUGAAGCAGAUUUGACCAACUCACCUUGAUGUCUGAGACUAUGGAAUAAAUGGAAGAAUGCUUAUGGAUUUAAAAUUACUGUAUUUAUCCAGUUGUUAUGGUUCAAGAAGUCCUGGAAGAUUAAUUUACCUUGUUACUAUUUGCAUACCUACUAAAAUUGCUUCUGAUGCAGCUGAGAAAAAUGCAGUCCAUUAAAACAGAACAGGCACCUGCUGAUACAAGUAGCAAUGUGGACAAAAUUAUGGUACUUAAUUCUACAUUAACAGAUGUAUCUGAUGACUUAGCUACUGGUGAUGAAAUGCUACUCUCUGAAGGAAGUGUAAAAAACAAGUCUUCAGCAUGCCGAAGGAAGCGAGAAUUCAUUCCUGAUGAAAAGAAAGAUGCUAUGUACUGGGAAAAACGGCGGAAAAAUAAUGAAGCUGCCAAAAGGUCUCGUGAAAAGCGGCGACUGAAUGACCUUGUGUUAGAGAACAAACUAAUUGCACUGGGAGAAGAAAAUGCCACUUUAAAAGCUGAGUUACUUUCACUGAAGCUAAAGUUUGGUUUAAUUAGCUCUUCAGCAUAUGCCCAAGAGGUCCAGAAACUCAGCAAUUCAACAGCUGUUUAUUUUCAGGAGUAUCAGAAUUCCAAAUCAAGUAUUAACUCUUUCAUUGAUGAACAUGAACCAAGCAUGGUGGGCAGCACUUGUAUAUCUGUUAUUAAGCAUUCACCACAAAGCUCUUUAUCUGAUGUGUCUGAAGUGUCAUCUGUAGACCAUGCUCAUGCAAGUCCUAUACAAAAUAAUUGCAGAAAUCCUGAAAGUAAGUUCCAGAUCAUAAAGCAAGAGCCUAUGGAACUGGAAAAUUAUGCAAGAGAUUCACGAGAUGAAAGAGGCUCCUAUACAGCAUCCAUGUAUCAAAACUUUGUGGGAAGCAACUUUAGUGGCUAUUCACAUUCCCCUCCACUGUUGCAAGUUAACAGAUCCUCCAGUAAUUCUCCAAGAACUUCAGAGGCUGAUGAAGGUGUUGUAGGAAAGUCAUCAGAUGGAGAAGAUGAACAGCAGGUUCCUAAAGGUCCAAUCCAUUCCCCCGUCGAACUUAAAAAUACACAUGCUACAGUUAAAGUUCCAGAGGUGAGCUCUUCUGCACUGCCCCAUAAGCUGAGAAUUAAGGCAAAGGCCAUGCAAAUCAAAGUAGAAAUGUUGGAUAAUGAAUAUGAUGCUACCCAGAAAUUAUCAUCGCCAAUAGAUAUGUCAUCUAAAAGACAUUUUGAACUUGAAAAACACAAUGCACCAAAUUUGGUACAUGCUUCUCACACUCCUUUCUCUGUUCAAGUGACUAAUAUCCAGGACUGGUCUUUGAAGCCAGAACACUGGCAUCAUCAAAAAGAACUCACUGAAAAAAUUCCAAGUGGCUGUAAAAGUGCAGUAGUUGAUGUUAAAGACAAUUCCUAUAAAAUAUCUGAGACAGAAAACUUGUAUUUGAAGCAGGGUAUAGCAAAUUUGUCUGCAGAGGUUGCUUCUCUUAAAAGACUUAUAACUACACAGCACAUCUCCCCUUCAGACUCUGGUUAGAUAACUACUGAAUACUUGUUUUAAAGGAUGUCAUUUGCAGUAGAUUGAUAUGUUUUGUAUUAUGCUGAAUUUUCACUGGACUUGUGAUGUCAUUUCACUGUAAUGUUCACAUAACGUCUAAUGGAUGGUGUCUUUUGUGCACAGAUGACUAUGGAGACUAGAUUGUCAUGAUCACUAUGCCUUGUGUAUAGUUAAGUAGCCUGUGCAAAGGCUGUACAUAGUGAACAUUAUUUUUCUGUCGUUCUGUUACUACAAAGUGUGGAGGUUGCCAGUUCCAAUAAACAAUUGGUGACAAGCA